UUUUAAAGUAAGAACCCUACUAUUUUGAUAAGCCCCCUUCUCAAACAAACGCCCCUCCCAUUCAGAUAGUUGUUUAUAUCUUCCGACAUCAUUGUUGGCACCCAGCCAUAGCGACAAACCGUUUUCACGCGGAUUUUUUCUUGCCUUGAUUUGAGGUGUAAACUAGGUACACAGCAAGAUUAUGGUACCUUUUAAAGGUUCCAUCCAAAAUUUCUAGCAAUAGCCGCCUCGACCAUGUUUUCCCGCGGAGAAAGAAUGAAAGAUUGAAAGACAAACUAGAGAAAUUUCGAUCAGCUCAAGCCGUCACUCUAAGGUCAGCGGAAAAUUACAUAAUUUAUGCGCGCGAGCAGACACCAGCUCCAUGGCAACAACUCCCGCUCAAACUUCAGAAAAUGGCAGUGCAAUGUUUUUGUGAUAUAGAUCGUACAAAAAUUGCACAAAUUCUGGAAAGUGAACGUAUUUUAAAUCGGUAAUGAUACAUCAAAGGAAGGAAAAGUUAUCCAUUGAACGGAAAAUUUUGUCACAAUAAUGCCUCAAGGAAAGCUUCGUGGAGGAGGGCUUCGCGGAGAAGUUCAAUCCACUGUACGAGAGAGCUAUGGAGGCAAAGCAGUUUCUUCUAACUUCAAAAGCCGUGUUGUUCAUCCAAGAAAUCCUAAACUUGUGAAAGGAAGUCCUGAAGAUGACAAGCAAGCACCAUCUGCUUACAUGGCUGAAAUGCAGCUCACCACAGAUGAAAGAUUAAAGCUCACAUACGAGAUGAGGGUGCCUCAGAUCAUUGAAUUACUGGACAUGUCAGAACAGACUCUUCAGAAGGUCAGAGCUCAUAGAAGUAAUAGGGACCAUUAGAUUGAGUGGACUAUGAGUACAAGAUUAAGAAUGAGUACUAUUUUCAAAUUUCAAACCAGUGACGCUCCAAGAGAUCUUGCUCUUCUUGUUGGUUUUAGGUUGAGAGGGUAUCUCAUGGGAUGAGAUGGGUACGUGAUGUGAUAAUGUGGAGCCUGCAAACUAGAAUUGAAAGUCAUACUCAUAGUCAAUCUCGUACUUGUACUCAAAGCUUAAGUCCCCUAUUAUGCAUAAAAUUAAUCAUGGUGUUUAUACACCGGUGUAACAGGUUGCUGUACGUAGUCCUGAUUGGUUUUGGCUGUGUAAGAGUGACAUUACACAGUCCAAAGUCAAGAUAUCAGGAAUGAAAUAAAAUGAUGAUGUUGUUGUUACAGUCAUGUAUAGGGCAGGAAAAGAAAAUUUGAAAUCCACUUGUCCAGUGGGCUUGUAAAUUUCAGAUUUCACUUGCACUCACUUAAAUGUUACUUGCCGAGGUGGCAGCUAUUAUGGCAAUCAGAGGACAGACAUGAACAAAGUAUGGUUGGAUUUUCAACUCAAUGUCUUACUCAUCUUGCAGUCUUAACUUUUGAAAUAUUCUCUGACUGGAAAUAACCAUUUUCAAGCUGACAUUUUCAUUCAAAUUCACAAGACUACUGAGGCUACAUGUAAAUUUCACUUGCCUGCCAGGCCACUGAACUUCUAUUU